AUGCAGGUGAUAGAGGCCACAAAGGAAGGCGGGAAAGUUCAGCUUCAUCCAGCUCAUCGUCUACGUCGGCUCCACGCUGUCCUACUACGCUCUGGCUUAAAAACGCGACUAUGGCAGAAGCAGAAACUGAGCAAAAAGCCCAAAGAUGAAUCUCCAAAGCAUGAAAAAGCAGCGAAACCCUCGUCCUCAUCUGCGACUACUUCUGUCCCUCUGCUGACCGAAGAAGAAAGGAUGAAGCAGACUCCGUUUGAGAAGGUCGUCUAUGACAUGGCCCACAACGAGAGGAUCAUCAAUGAAAUGACGCUCGGCAGAAGGGUCGGUUUCUACGAGCUGAGGGGGGAGAUCGGGCAGGGGAACUUCUCCACCGUCAAGCUGGGCGUCCACGCCUUAACGAAAGAGAGGGUCGCCGUUAAAAUCGUGGACAAAGUGCGUCUGGAGAAGAAGAAUCAGGCGUUCACUUCGUCUGAGAUCGCCUGCAUGGAGAAGCUGUGUCACCCCAACAUAGUUCGUCUGUACGAGGUGGUGGAGAGCAGCCGGAAGCUCUACCUGGUGAUGGAGUACGGCAGCGGAGGAGACCUGUUCUCCAGAGUCACCACCAGGGGGAAACUCGGCGACCUGGAGACCAAGCUGGUGUUCGCACAAGUGGUGUCUGCCAUCAAGCACAUGCACGACAGCAACAUCGUCCACAGAGACAUUAAACCAGAGAACAUCUUCUACACGACCAGCUACUGCAUCAAGGUCGGAGACUUCGGCUUCAGCGCUGAGAGCAGCGCCAACGAGCCGCUCACCAACUUCUGCGGUUCUCCACCGUACGCCGCCCCCGAGCUCUAUAAAGACAAGGGCUACAUCGGACGCUACUCGGAUGUCUGGGCUUUAGGUAUCCUCCUGUACUUCAUGGUGACGGCGACUUUGCCCUUUUACGGAGACAACAUGAGCCGGCUGAAGCGCUGCAUCCUCCAGGGCUCCUACAGCAUCCCUGCCUACGUGCCCGACCCCUGCCAGCUGGUCAUUAAAGGGAUGCUUCGGCAGGUUCCCAUCGACAGAACCACCCUCGCACAGAUCAUAAGCAGCGACUGGCUGAAGGGGAUUGAAUACCCUCAGCCUUACGCCCCGCUGCCGCUGUCUCCGGCCCACUUUGCUAAGCCCGACCAGGCUCUGUGUGUGGAGGAGCAGGAGGUGAAGGAUCUGAUGUCAGACCUGGGCGUCGUGACCGUUCAUUUCCAGAACAAUCCCUGCUUAGACGGCAGGAGCCCUCUGACGGGAACCUACCGGAUCCUCCUCCACCGGGUCCAGAAGAGGAGGUCGGUGGAGGCCGUGGGUUAUUCUGUGCUUCACCCCAAUGAGUUCAAGUGCUCCGCUACAGCCGUGGACAAACACAACCCCUCCGCUGUGUGCGCCGUACUAUAACGGGAAAGAUCUGAGGGCUGCAGGAUGAAGCAAGAUGAAUAAACUGAGCCUAUAGUCAGAGGUUUAACCUGCUAGAUCACCAUGGUAACCAAUGCUACACAGCUCUGGAGGAGGUUCUGCUCAGAGUUCGAGAGUUUAAAUCAGCUGGAAGAACCGCCAUCCUUUCAGCAGAUCUUUACCAGAUUGUAUUUUGUAUGAACGACUCAGAUUAUUUCAUCUGUAAACCUGCAGAGCUGUACGUUUAUUUUCCCAAUGAAUGAUUCCAUGCAGUUCCAGCAGGCAAACUGUAAAGGAGCCAGACAUGCAUUCAGUCAGUGAUGCAGGAAAUGGAUGUUUCACUGCUGGACCAGCUUUAAUGAUGCAGUUCAACUGGGUUUAUCCAAACUAAGUCAUAUCAAUCCCUCUGCUUUAAACCACAUAUGCUUGAAUAAUUUGAUUCCCUUUAAAACUGAGUUGCUGCCACUCUAAGUUUACAAUUUUUACAUAUUUGCUUUGCCCAACUAUGAAAUGUAAAACAUGACUUUGUUAUUACUAGUUCUUUCCUUUUCUUUUUUCUGUAAUCUUACUGGAAGAAGUCGGCAGGUGAGCUGAAGCAUCUUCUUUACUGCUAUAGAAGCUCUAAACCUAAUUUUGACGGAAUACGAAAUUAAAUAGACAAAAUUCUAUUUUAAGCUGAUAAAACAUGAAUGAAAGAUAAUUCAACUACAGCUUAGACACACUUUUUACAGUGUAUGUUUGGCCCUGGUUUACUUCUAACUUGUUUUACAUUUUAUUGUUGCAGCUGAUGGAACACAGAUUAGAAAAUGCAUGAAUCUACUUCAAUCAGUGACAUUAAUUUCACUGUGAUUUGGCCAAAAACUAAAACUGCUUCCACGUUUCCUUCAUUAUGGGACAGUGUUGGACCUGAAUGCAGUCCCAUGUGCAGCUACACCUCCUGUCAAAAGUUUUGAGACACUUUCUCAUUGAAAUAAAUUAGAACCCGUCUCAAAACUUUUGACAGGGGGUGUGUAAUGUUAGAAAUCGGCCGCUGCAGUGUUUUCUGGGUUCGGCGUCAUUUGCAGUAGCAGCGCUUUUUACUGAAUAAAUUCUUAAAUUCGUCAUAGCUCUCCAGCAUAACAGCCUCUUGACUGAAGUAGGCGGCACAUGAUUGGUCAGUUCUGUGCAGAAAAGAGUCAAUUGUUGCAUCAGAUGCCCCUUUUUAUGUGAGGACAAAACCUGAUGAAGAAAACCUGGUUAACAAAGAGAAUCACAAACCUAAUAUUCAUUCUCUCUGCUUAGGUUUUGUUAAGCCCAGCUUUCUUAAACUUGCGUUGUGUUACGUCCUUCUGGUGUGCUCACCCUCUCACUGACAUCCGUUCAUUCACUACCGGCUGCGUUAAUCCUCACAGCUUUUCUGUUAAAUGUGAGCCGAAGUAGGAAACACCUGGAGGUCGAGGUCAGAGCGGAGGUCAGGUUCCCCCCACAGCGUAAGCCAAUUAGUGCUGAUAAACUACAGCAAGUAAUUAGCUGCGGCUUUCCCUCCUUGUCACUGACGCAAAACAUCCAUUAAUCGGUGAAUGACCAUCAGCAUCUUCCAAUCCCUCUGAGUCAGAGCAUGAAUCUUCUGAACUAAUCCGAGGCCACCUGUAAUCCUAAUAACACGCAGAGAACAAGCUCGGUCAUAAACGUAAAGGAGAAAAUAAAGUUCAGAGUAAAAUUCAGACCGAAUUUAAUUGAAAACUAGUCUGCCACCAUUUAAAAUGUCUCUGUGUGUUUUAAUUACAACAACUGAUGCCUAAAAUGCCUUUUUGCUGUGGUUGUAAACGCAGAAAAUGUUGUGAAGCACAAGCAUUGUUGUGAAUUUUGCACAAUUUGAGUCAAAUUCUGCUCAUUUCUGUUUGCUUGUGCUUUAAGGCAAUAUUUUCACUCAUGCUUGAGGGAUGCUGGUCUGAACUCCAUGCCACUCUGUAAACAAAAAACAGAUUUCUUAAUCAAAAUACAAGUAUUUUCAAUUUUAA